CGAAAUGUCAACUCAAACAAACAAAACAUUCAAAACAAGACUGUUGCAAAUUACGGAUUUAAAUGAUAAUCUUGAAACAUUAGCUGAUAAAUUGUUUUGUAUUUGCAAUGAAAAGGUGUGGUGUUGAUCCAAAAGUAAAGAAAACACUUGUCAGGAACGCGGAACAUAAGGUUAAGCCUGCCGCGCGUGUGAAAGUGCUACACAACGUCGAGAAUACACCAUCCACAGAUGAACCUUCUACAGUACAAAUUACAAAGGAAUUGGAUCAACCAACGCUAUGUUCGAGUGAAUUAUUAGCUAAUUAUCUAUCUGGAGUUAAACAUUCUCUUCCACCACCCUUGUCUUCAAAAGAUUUCAGUGAAAGUAAAACAGAAAUAUGUACCAAGAUGACAAAAAAGCUGAACUUCCACAUAAAUGAUAGAAUGUACAAGGAUCUUAUAGAACUAAAUGCCAGUAUAGAUGACCAAAAGACAAGGAGAGAUGUGCGGCCCUCAAGCAGUACUAGUUCUGUUAAACGGGAUGCAGAACCAAAUAUUGAAGACUUCUUUGAAGAAGAGACUGACAUAGAUACACCGCCUAAAAUACCUGUAUUAAAGCCUAAAUUCAAACCGAUUCGGAAAGUGGAUGAUGGAGAACUUCAUAAAUUAGUUGGAACUUUUGAAUGCUUAUGACAUGCAUAUUAAAGCCUAUGCGCUUUCUCAAUCUAUUUCAAUUAUUAAAAUUUGUAAUAAACUGUUUGUCACAAA